AUAUAUAUAUAUAUAUAUAUAUAAAGAGGACAAAGUAAUACAAAAAGAACUCUGUUCGAUUUUUUAGUCUAUCUAUAUGAGGAGAUCAUAUGAAAAAUGUAACCGAUUCUUUCGUUUCUUUGGGCCACUGGCCAUCCGCCGGGAGUUUCGGGUUUAAUACCGAUAUUUUAGCAACAAAUCUAAUAAAUCUAAGUGUAGUACUUGGGGUCUUGAUCUUUUUUGGAAAGGGAGUGUUAAGUGAUUUAUUAGAUAAUCGAAAACAGAGAAUCUUGAAUACUAUUAGAAAUUCAGAAGAAUUGCGCGAAGGGGCCAUCGAACAGCUGGAAAAAGCCCGGGCUCGAUUACGGAAAAUAGAAAUAGAAGCAGAUGAGUUUCGCGUGAAUGGAUACUCUGAGAUAGAGCGAGAAAAAUUGAAUUUGAUUGAUUCAACUUAUAAGACUUUGGAACAACUAGAAAAUUACAAAAAUGAAACUAUAAAUUUUGAACAACAAAAGGCCAGUAAUCAAGUCCGACAACGGGUUUUCCAACAAGCUUUACAAGGAGCUCUAGGAACUCUGAAUAGUUGUUUAAACAACGAAUUACAUUUACGUACUAUCAGUGCCAAUAUUGGCAUAUUGGCGGCGAUGAAACAAAUAACGGACUAGCCCCUCUACUUUAGUUUAGAGUUUAGGCAUUAUUUUUGAUUUAUUAUUAUUUUUUUUUUCAAAAAAGAAUUAAGAAAUACUCAUGGUAACCAUUCAAGCCGACGAAAUUAGUAAUAUUAUCCGUGAACGUAUUGAGCAAUAUAAUAGAGAAGUAAAGAUUGUAAAUACCGGUACCGUACUUCAAGUAGGUGAUGGCAUUGCUCGUAUUCAUGGUCUUGAUGAAGUAAUGGCGGGUGAAUUAGUAGAAUUUCAAGAGGGUACAAUAGGCAUUGCUCUUAAUUUGGAAUCAACUAAUGUUGGUGUUGUAUUAAUGGGUGAUGGUUUGCUGAUAAAAGAAGGGAGUUCUGUAAAAGCAACAGGAAAAAUUGCUCAGAUACCAGUGAGUGAGGCCUAUUUGGGUCGUGUUAUAAACGCCCUGGCUAAACCUAUUGAUGGUAGAGGUGAAAUUUCAUCUUCUGAAUAUAGAUUAAUUGAAUCGCCCGCUCCGGGGAUUAUUUCUCGACGUUCUGUAUAUGAGCCUCUUCAAACAGGGCUUAUUGCUAUUGAUUCAAUGAUUCCCAUAGGACGUGGUCAGCGAGAAUUAAUUAUUGGGGACAGACAGACCGGUAAAACAGCAGUAGCAACAGAUACAAUUCUAAAUCAACAAGGCCAAAAUGUAAUAUGCGUUUAUGUAGCUAUUGGUCAAAAAGCAUCUUCUGUGGCUCAGGUAGUGACUACUUUCCAGGAAAAGGGCGUGAUGGAAUAUACUAUUGUGGUAGCCGAAACGGCGGAUUCCCCUGCUACAUUACAAUACCUCGCUCCUUAUACAGGAGCAGCUCUGGCUGAAUAUUUUAUGUACCGUGAACGACACACUUUAAUCAUUUAUGAUGAUCUCUCUAAACAAGCGCAAGCUUAUCGCCAAAUGUCUCUUCUAUUACGAAGACCACCUGGGCGCGAGGCUUAUCCAGGGGAUGUUUUUUAUUUACAUUCACGCCUUUUGGAAAGAGCUGCUAAAUUAAGUUCUCUUUUAGGUGAAGGAAGUAUGACCGCUUUACCAAUAGUUGAAACCCAAUCGGGAGACGUUUCGGCUUAUAUUCCUACGAAUGUAAUUUCAAUUACUGAUGGACAAAUAUUCUUAUCUGCCGAUCUCUUCAAUGCUGGAAUCCGACCCGCUAUUAAUGUGGGUAUCUCUGUUUCUAGAGUGGGGUCUGCAGCUCAAAUUAAAGCUAUGAAACAAGUAGCCGGUAAAUUAAAACUGGAGCUGGCACAAUUCGCAGAAUUAGAAGCUUUUGCACAAUUUGCUUCUGAUCUCGAUAAAGCUACUCAGAAUCAAUUAGCAAGAGGUCAACGAUUACGUGAAUUGCUUAAACAAUCCCAAUCCGCCCCUCUCGCGGUAGAAGAACAGAUACUUACUAUUUAUACCGGAACAAACGGUUAUCUCGAUUCAUUAGAAGUUGGACAGGUAAGGAAAUUUCUGGUUGAGUUACGUACUUACUUAAAAACCAAUAAACCACAGUUUCAAGAAAUAAUAUCUUCUACCAAGAUAUUCACCGAGGAAGCGGAAGCCAUUUUGAAAGAAGCUAUUCAGGAACAGAGGGAACGUUUUAUACUUCAGGAACAAGCAGCCUAAACAAAUUGAUCAACCUUUUCAAAAAAAGGGGGUACUCAAGCGUUUCGGAUUCAAAUCAUUCAAAAUUGAUUUUUGGAUCUCGAAAUCUAAAAAAUAUCUGGAAAAAAAUUGCGUCCAAUAGGAUUUGAACCUAUACUAAAGGUUUAGAAGACCUCUGUCCUAUCCAUUAGACAAUGGACGCUUUCAUUGU